AUGGACCACUUCCCCGGAACUUGGGGCCGCCCCAGGAACGAUGUCUACGGCGCGUACGAUGCUUCAUAUUUGCAGACCUCGGGUCCUAAGGCCCAUACUUCAUCCCCUGCUGUGACCGGAACAUCAGUGGUGGGUGUAAAGUUCAAUGGCGGUGUCGCUAUUGCUACCGACAACCUGGCCUCCUAUGGGUCCCUAGCGCGUUUCACCGACGUGAAGCGUCUGCGUUCUUUUGGCGAUAAGGCAAUGGUUGGCUUCGGCGGCGACGUUUCCGAUAUGCAAUAUCUCGACCGCCUCCUCGAAUCCAUGGAUAUCAAAGAGAACUACUCAACCCACGGCAACAUGCUCAAUGCUAAAAACCUACACACUUACCUCGCCAAGGUGUUCUACAAGCGACGCUCUGAAUUCAACCCGUUGUGGAACCAUGUUCUUGUUGCAGGCUUUGACGCGGAGGGGGAGCCGUUCCUGAGCUCAGCAGAUCUGUUGGGCACCACAUUCUCUGCUCCUCACCUGGCCACAGGAUUCGGUGCUCAUCUUGCGGUUCCCAUUCUGCGUCGCAAGUUCCCCGAUGACAUGCCCCUCGCGGAAGUGACCCAGGAAGCCGCUGUGGAUGCGUUGAAGGAAUGCUUGAAGGUCCUGUUCUACCGUGAUGCCCGCAGUAUCGACAAGUAUUCGAUAGCAGUAAUCACCAAGGACGGCAUUGAUUUGAAGGAAGAUGAGCAGAUUCAAGGCCAGAGCUGGGCCUUCGCCGAGAAAAUCAAGGGGUACGGCGCCCAGACUGUUUAA